AUGGCAGUAAAAAAACUUUCCAACCUUGGCGUUGGCCACGGGACAUCUAAAGAUUCAGAAGCAAUAUCAGGUAGUGGCUUCGGAAGUGGCAUUGCUGGAGGUCUAGGCCAUGGAUACAAUAAAAAUUCUGAAAGCGGAAAUGAAAAAGAAAGCCAUGGCAGCGGAGAAGCAUUCGUCACCAGUAGCAUUGGAUCUAACGUUGGCCUCGGAGGAGGUAGUGGUUCAGGCAAUCAAAAAGGCAGCUCUGGAGGCCUGAGUUUUGGUCAUGGAUCAUCUGGAGAAUUAGGUAGUGGCAUUGUCGGAGGUUUUGGAGGUGGACAGAGUAAAGAAUUUGGAAGCACCAUUGGAAAAGGAAAUCACGGCAGCGGAGGAGCAUUCGUCGUCAAUAGUAGUGGAACUAAUGUUGGCCUCGGAGGAAGUAGUAAUUUAGGUAGUGCGGUUGGCGGCUCUGGAGGUCUGGGUACUGGCCACGUAGAAUCAUCAAAGCCAGAAGAAGGUUCAAUAGGCAGUUUUGGAGGCAGCACUGUUGGAAGUGGCAAUAAAAAAGGAAAUAAUGGCAGCGGGGAAACUUUUAUCGCCAGUGGCAGUACAUUAAGCGGUAGCCUCGGAGAAAGUAGUAGUUCAGGCGCCAUAAGUGGUGGCUCUGGAACUCAUAGUAUAGCCCAUGGAGGUUCUGGACAGUUAGGAGCAGGACCAGCUGGUGGCUUUGGAGGUAAAACUGUUAUAGGUCUAGACAGUGGACACAGUAAGGGAUUUGGAAGCACCAUUGGAAAAGAAAGCUACGGUAGUGGAGAAGCAUUGUUCAUCAGUAGCAGUAAAUCUAAUGUUGGCCUCGAAGGAAGUAGUAGUUUAGGCGGUGCGAUUGGCGGCUCUGGUGGUCUAGAUAUUGGUCAUGUAGGAUCAGCAAAGUCAAAAGAGGGUUCAGUAGGCAGUUUUGGAGGCAGCACUUUUGGAGGUCUAGACCAUGGAAACAGUAAAGAAUUUGGAAGUGGCAAUAAAAAAGGAAGUUAUGGCAGCGGGGAAACUUUUAUCUCCACUGGAAGUACAUUUAGUGGUGGCCUCGGAGAAAGUAGUAGUUCAGACGCCAUAAGUGGUGGCUCUGGAACCCAUAGUAUAGCCCAUGGAGGUUCUGGACAGUUAGGAGCCAUACCACCUGGUGGCUUCGGAGGUAAAACUGUUGCAGGUCAAGACAGUGGAUACAGUAAGGGAUUUGGAAGCACUAUUGGAAAACAAAACUACGGUAGUGGAGGAGCAUUGUUCAUCAGUAGCAGUAAAUCUAAUGUUGGCCUCGAAGGAAGUAGUGGUUUAGGCGGUGCGAUUGGCGGCUCUGGCGGUCUGGAUAUUGGUCAUGUAGGAUCAGCAAAGUCAAAAGAAGGUUCAGUAGGCAGUUUUGGAGGCAGCACUUUUGGAGGUCUAGACCAUGGACACAGUAAAGAGUUUGGAAGUGGCAAUAAAAAAGGAAGUUAUGGCAGCGGGGAAACUUUCAUCUCCACUGGCAGUACAUUUAGUGGUGGCCUCGGAGGAAGUAGUAGUUCAGGCGCCAUAAGUGGUGGCUCCGCAACCCAUAGUUUAGCCCAUGGAGGUUCUGGACAGCUAGGAGCAGGAUCAGCUGGUGGCUUCGGAGGUAAAACUGUUGUAGGUCUAGACAGUGGACACAGUAAGGGAUUUGGAAGCACCAUUGGAAAAGAAAGCUACGGUAGUGGAGGAGCAUUGUUCAUCAGUAGCAGUAAAUCUAAUGUUGGCCUCGAAGGAAGUAGUAGUUUAGGCGGUGCGAUUGGCGGCUCUGGCGGUCUGGAUAUUGGUCAUGUAGGAUCAGCAAAGUCAAAAGAAGGUUCAGUAGGCAGUUUUGGAGGCAGCACUUUUGGAGCUCUAGACCAUGGACACAGUAAAGAGUUUGGAAGUGGCAAUAAAAAAGGAAGUUAUGGCAGCGGGGAAACUUUUAUCUCCACUGGCAGUACAUUUAGUGGUGGCCUCGGAGGAAGUAGUAGUUCAGGUGCCAUAAGUGGUGGCUCUGGAACCCAUAGUAUAGCCCAUGGAGGUUCUGGACAGUUAGGAGCAGGACCAGCUGGUGGCUUCGGAGGUAAAACUGUUGUAGGUCUAGACAGUGGACACAGUAAGGGAUUUGGAAGCACCACUGGAAAAGAAAGCUACGGUAGUGGAGGAGAAUUGUUCAUCAGUAGCAGUAAAUCUAAUGUUGGCCUCGAAGGAAGUAGUAGUUUAGGCGGUGCGACUGGCGGCUCUGGUGGUCUGGAUAUUGGUCAUGUAGGAUCAGCAAAGUCAAAAGAGGGUUCAGUAGGCAGUUUUGGAGGCAGCACUUUUGAAGGUCUAGACCAUGGACACAGUAAAGAGUUUGGAAGUGGCAAUAAAAAAGGAAGUUAUGGCAGCGGGGAAACUUUUAUCUCCACUGGCAGUACAUUUAGUGGUGGCCUCGGAGAAAGCAGUAGUUCAGACGGUAUAAGUGGUGGCUCUGGAACCCAUAGUAUAGCCCAUGGAGGUUCUGGACAGCUAGGAGCAGGACCAGCUGUAGGCUUCGGAGGUAAAAUUGUUGUAGGUCAAGACAGUGGAUACAGUAAAGGAUUUGGAAGCACCGUUGGAAAAGGAAAUCAAGGCAACGGAGGAGCAUUCGUCAUCAAUAGUAGUCGAUCUAAUGCCGGCCUCGGAGGAGGUAGCAAUUUAGGUAGCGCGAUUGGCGGCUCUACAGGUCUGGGUACUGGCCACGUAGGAUCACCAAAGUCAAAAGAAGGUUCAAUAGGCAGUUUUGGAGGCAGCACUUUUGGAGGUCUAGACCAUGGACACAGUAAAGAGUUUGGAAGUGGCAAUAAAAAAGGAAGUUAUGGCAGCGGGGAAACUUUCAUUUCCACUGGCAGUACAUACAGUGGUGGCCUCGGAGGAAGUAGUAGUUCAGGCGCCAUAAGUGGUGGCUCUGGAACCCAUAGUUUAGCCCAUGGAGGUUCUGGACAGCUAGGAGCAGGACCAGCUAGUGGCUUCGGAGGUAAAACUGUUGUAGGUCUAGACAGUGGACACAGUAAUGGAUUUGGAAGCACCAUUGGAAAAGAAAGCUACGGUAGUGGAGGAGCAUUGUUCAUCAGUAGCAGUAAAUCUAAUGUUGGCCUCGAAGGAAGUAGUAGUUUAGGCGGUGCGAUUGGCGGCUCUGGCGGUCUGGAUAUUGGUCAUGUAGGAUCAGCAAAGUCAAAAGAGGGUUCAGUAGGCAGUUUUGGAGGCAGCACUUUUGGAGGUCUAGACAAUGGAAACAGUAAAGAGUUUGGAAGUGGCAAUAAAAAAGGAAGUUAUGGCAGCGGGGAAACUUUUAUCUCCACUGGCAGUACAUUUAGUGGAGGCCUCGGAGGAAGUAGUAGUUCAGGCGCCAUAAGUGGUGGCUCUGGAACCCAAAGUAUAGCCCAUGGAGGUUCUGGACAGUUAGGAGCCAUACCACCUGGUGGCUACGGAGGUAAAACUGUUGUAGGUCUAGACAGUGGACACAGUAAGGGAUUUGGAAGCACCACUGGAAAAGAAAGCUACGGUAGUGGAGGAGCAUUGUUCAUCAGUAGCAGUAAAUCUAAUGUUGGCCUCGAAGGAAGUAGUAGUUUAGGCGGUGCGAUUGGCGGCUCUGGCGGUCUGGAUAUUGGUCAUGUAGGAUCAGCAAAGUCAAAAGAAGGUUCAGUAGGCAGUUUUGGAGGCAGCACUUUUGGAGGUCUAGACCAUGGACACAGUAAAGAGUUUGGAAGUGGCAAUAAAAAAGGAAGUUAUGGCAGCGGGGAAACUUUUAUCUCCACUGGCAGUACAUUUAGUGGUGGCCUUGGAGGAAGUAGUAGUUCAGGCGUCAUAAGUGGUGGCUCUGGAACCCAUAGUUUAGCCCAUGGAGGUUCUGGACAGCUAGGAGCAGGACCAGCUGGUGGCUUCGGAGGUAAAACUGUUGUAGGUCUAGACAGUGGACACAGUAAGGGAUUUGGAAGCACCACUGGAAAAGAAAGCUACGGUAGUGGAGGAGAAUUGUUCAUCAGUAGCAGUAAAUCUAAUGUUGGCCUCGAAGGAAGUAGUAGUUUAGGCGGUGCGACUGGCGGCUCUGGUGGUCUGGAUAUUGGUCAUGUAGGAUCAGCAAAGUCAAAAGAGGGUUCAGUAGGCAGUUUUGGAAGCAGCACUUUUGGAGGUCUAGACCAUGGACACAGUAAAGAGUUUGGAAGUGGCAAUAAAAAAGGAAGUUAUGGCAGCGGGGAAACUUUCAUCUCCACUGGCAGUACAUUUAGUGGUAGCCUCGGAGAAAGCAGUAGUUCAGGCGGUAUAAGUGGUGGCUCUGGAACCCAUAGUAUAGCCCAUGGAGGUUCUGGACAGCUAGGAGCAGGACCAGCUGUAGGCUUCGGAGGUAAAAUUGUUGUAGGUCGAGACAGUGGAUACAGUAAAGGAUUUGGAAGCACCGUUGGAAAAGGAAAUCAAAGCAACGGAGGAGCAUUCGUCAUCAAUAGUAGUGGAUCUAAUGCCGGCCUCGGAGGAGGUAGCAAUUUAGGUAGCGCGAUUGGCGGCUCUACAGGUCUGGGUACUGGCCACGUAGGAUCAGCAAAGUCAAAAGAAGGUUCAAUAGGCAGUUUUGGAGGCAGCACUUUUGGAGGUCUAGACCAUGGACACAGUAAAGAGUUUGGAAGUGGCAAUAAAAAAGGAAGUUAUGGCAGCGGGGAAACUUUCAUUUCCACUGGCAGUACAUUUAGUGGUGGCCUCGGAGGAAGUAGUAGUUCAGGCGCCAUAAGUGGUGGCCCUGGAACCCAUAGUUUAGCCCAUGGAGGUUCUGGACAGCUAGGAGCAGGACCAGCUGGUGGCUUCGGAGGUAAAACUGUUGUAGGUCUAGACAGUGGACACAGUAAGGGAUUUGGAAGCACCAUUGGAAAAGAAAGCUACGGUAGUGGAGGAGCAUUGUUCAUCAGUAGCAGUAAAUCUAAUGUUGGCCUCGAAGGAAGUAGUAGUUUAGGCGGUGCGAUUGGCGGCUCUGGCGGUCUGGAUAUUGGUCAUGUAGGAUCAGCAAAGUCAAAAGAAGGUUCAGUAGGCAGUUUUGGAGGCAGCACUUUUGGAGGUCUAGACCAUGGACACAGUAAAGAAUUUGGAAGUGGCAAUAAAAAAGGAAGUUAUGGCAGCGGGGAAACUUUUAUCUCCACUGGCAGUACAUUUAGUGGAGGCCUCGGAGGAAGUAGUAGUUCAGGCGCCAUAAGUGGUGGCUCUGGAACCCAUAGUUUAGCCCAUGGAGGUUCUGGACAGCUAGGAGCAGGACCAGCUGGUGGCUUCGGAGGUAAAACUGUUGUAGGUCUAGACAGUGGACACAGUAAGGGAUUUGGAAGCACCAUUGGAAAAGAAAGCUACGGUAGUGGAGGAGCAUUGUUCAUCAGUAGCAGUAAAUCUAAUGUUGGCCUCGAAGGAAGUAGUAGUUUAGGCGGUGCGAUUGGCGGCUCUGGCGGUCUGGAUAUUGGUCAUGUAGGAUCAGCAAAGUCAAAAGAAGGUUCAGUAGGCAGUUUUGGAGGCAGCACUUUUGGAGGUCUAGACCAUGGACACAGUAAAGAGUUUGGAAGUGGCAAUAAAAAAGGAAGUUAUGGCAGCGGGGAAACUUUCAUCUCCACUGGCAGUACAUUUAGUGGUGGCCUCGGAGAAAGUAGUAGUUCAGGCGCCAUAAGUGGUGGCUCUGGAACCCAUAGUAUAGCCCAUGGAGGUUCUGGACAGCUAGGAGCAGGACCAGCUGGUGGCUUCGGAGGUAAAACUGUUGUAGGUCUAGACAGUGGACACAGUAAGGGAUUUGGAAGCACCACUGGAAAAGAAAGCUACGGUAGUGGAGGAGAAUUGUUCAUCAGUAGCAGUAAAUCUAAUGUUGGCCUCGAAGGAAGUAGUAGUUUAGGCGGUGCGACUGGCGGCUCUGGUGGUCUGGAUAUUGGUCAUGUAGGAUCAGCAAAGUCAAAAGAAGGUUCAGUAGGCAGUUUUGGAGGCAGCACUUUUGGAGGUCUAGACCAUGGACACAGUAAAGAGUUUGGAAGUGGCAAUAAAAAAGGAAGUUAUGGCAGCGGGGAAACUUUCAUCUCCACUGGCAGUACAUUUAGUGGUGGCCUCGGAGAAAGUAGUAGUUCAGGCGCCAUAAGCGGUGGCUCUGGAACCCAUAGUAUAGCCCAUGGAGGUUCUGGACAGCUAGGAGCAGGACCAGCUGGUGGCUUCGGAGGUAAAACUGUUGUAGGUCUAGACAGUGGACACAGUAAGGGAUUUGGAAGCACCACUGGAAAAGAAAGCUACGGUAGUGGAGGAGAAUUGUUCAUCAGUAGCAGUAAAUCUAAUGUUGGCCUCGAAGGAAGUAGUAGUUUAGGCGGUGCGACUGGCGGCUCUGGUGGUCUGGAUAUUGGUCAUGUAGGAUCAGCAAAGUCAAAAGAAGGUUCAGUAGGCAGUUUUGGAGGCAGCACUUUUGGAGGUCUAGACCAUGGACACAGUAAAGAGUUUGGAAGUGGCAAUAAAAAAGGAAGUUAUGGCAGCGGGGAAACUUUCAUCUCCACUGGCAGUACAUUUAGUGGUGGCCUCGGAGAAAGUAGUAGUUCAGGCGCCAUAAGCGGUGGCUCUGGAACCCAUAGUAUAGCCCAUGGAGGUUCUGGACAGCUAGGAGCAGGACCAGCUGGUGGCUUCGGAGGUAAAACUGUUGUAGGUCUAGACAGUGGACACAGUAAGGGAUUUGGAAGCACCACUGGAAAAGAAAGCUACGGUAGUGGAGGAGAAUUGUUCAUCAGUAGCAGUAAAUCUAAUGUUGGCCUCGAAGGAAGUAGUGGUUUAGGCGGUGCGACUGGCGGCUCUGGUGGUCUGGAUAUUGGUCAUGUAGGAUCAGCAAAGUCAAAAGAGAGUUCAGUAGGCAGUUUUGGAGGCAGCACUUUUGAAGGUCUAGACCAUGGACACAGUAAAGAGUUUGGAAGUGGCAAUAAAAAAGGAAGUUAUGGCAGCGGGGAAACUUUCAUCUCCACUGGCAGUACAUUUAGUGGUGGCCUCGGAGAAAGUAGUAGUACAGGUGGCUUAAGUGGUGGCUCUGGAAGCCACGGUAUUGUCCAUGGAGGUUCUGGACAGUUAGGAGCCGGACCAACUGGUGGCUUCGGAGGUAGCACUGUUAAAAAUCUAGGCGAUGGACAUGGCGAAGGAUCUGGAAGUAGUGGAAAAUAUAGCCAUGGCCGUGGGGAAGCUUUUUUCAUUGGUGGCAGUGAAUCUGGUGAUGGCCACAGAGAAGUUAGUAGUUUAGGUGGUGCAAGUGGUGUCUCUGGAGGCCUAGCCACUGGCCAUCGGAUAUCUUCAGAGUUAAGAUCAGGUUCAAGUGGCAGCUUUGGAGGCAGCAUUGUUGGAGGUCUAGGUGGUAAAUAUGCUAAAGGGUCUGAAAGUAAUGCGAAAGAAAACCAUGACAGCGGAGGAGCUGUAAUCACUAGUAACAGUGGCUCUGGCGUCAACCUUGGAGGAGGAGGUUUAAAUGGAGGAAGUGGUAGAUUUGGCAGUUGGAGCAGUGGAUUUGGAAGUUAUAGAGGCGGCUCUGGUUUUGGAGGCAGCUUUGGAGGUGGAAACGGAAGAAUUGACGGUAAUACUGGAGGUUACGGUGGUGGCCAUAGCAUGAAAUGGCAUGAAUCUAGCAGUUUUGGAAUCAGUUCUGUUGGUAGUACUGGCGGAGGUGUAAGUGGUGGACGAGGAUCAGAAGGUUUUGGCACUGGAAGUAGAGGCAAUGGUGGUCAUAGUGGUGGUGGUAGACUGGGUGGGUUAUUUGAUGGAAGUUUUGGUCUUAGAGGCGGUGGAUUCGGCGGAUCAAGAGUACAUGAACGCUCAGACCUUGGAAUCAGCUCAGGAGGUUGCGUAGCAGGUAUCUGUGGCGGAUGCAGAACUGGCUCUUGUGGUAGACAUUGA